AUGCUGCCUGGCCUGCCUGCCUCUUUCUGCAUUCCACCCAUUCCAAAUCACACUCACUCGGCAAUAUUAUUAUUCAAUGGUUAUCAUCAUCAGAGAGAGAGACUGCAGUGCAUCUGUGUGAAGAACAACAACAACAAAACCAACCUGCCUAGCUCUGUGUGUGCAUCUCGGAUCAUACGUGCCUAGGUACGUACCUCUUCCGCGUGUUGUGCUGGCAACCGUGUCUCUUUGCCACCAAUCGUUCCAUUGCGCGCGCCGGUGCACCCGUGACUCGAGCCUAGAUGAUUGAUGAAGAGGGUGCCGAGCAUGACAUGCAAACCCUAUCUUAGGACAACCAGGACAACUCAUCAUCAUCGCCAUCGUUGUCGUCGUAAUCAGCUGCACAGUCUCAGGAUGCAAUAAUACAACAAACAAAACUAA